UGCAGAGGAGGCUCGGGCUCAGCCUCGACCUCAGUCUGGUGCCUCUCUGCACUAUAUUUGAUUAGGAAUUUGGGGGCGGGCCUUGGCCUGGCACUGAGGCACACACUCUCAGUAGGCACUCUCUCUCUCUCUCUGUCUCUCUCUCUCUCUCUCUCUCUCUCUCUGUCUGUCUCUCUCACACGUUCUCCUACCCGAGAAGACCAGACAGGGGGACGUGAUCACUCUCUGAAAGGUUCAACUUGAGAGACAGAAUGCAGCGGCUGUCCCUCCUGCUGCUGGUGGGGCUCUGCUCCCUCUCCUGGGCCCAGUAUGACGAAGACCCUCACUGGUGGUUCCAGUACCUCCGCAGCCAGCAGUCUACCUACUACGAUCCCUAUGACCCUUACCCGUAUGAGCCCUCGGAGCCUUACCCGUAUGGGGUGGAGGAAGGGCCAGCCUAUGCCUACGGCUCCCUGCCCCCACCAGAGCCCCGUGACUGUCCCCAGGAGUGCGACUGUCCCCCCAACUUCCCCACAGCCAUGUACUGUGACAACCGCAACCUCAAGUACCUGCCCUUUGUCCCCUCUCGCAUGAAGUACGUCUACUUCCAGAACAACCAGAUCACUUCCAUCCAGGAAGGUGUCUUCGACAAUGCCACAGGGCUGCUGUGGAUCGCUCUCCACGGCAACCAGAUCACCAGUGACAAGGUGGGCAGGAAGGUAUUCUCCAAGCUGAGGCACCUGGAGAGGCUAUACCUGGACCACAACAACCUGACUCGGAUGCCUGGCCCCCUGCCUCGAUCCCUGCGAGAGCUCCAUCUUGACCACAACCAGAUCUCGAGGGUCCCCAACAAUGCCCUGGAAGGGCUGGAGAACCUCACAGCCUUGUACCUCCACCACAAUGAGAUCCAAGAAGUAGGCAGCUCCAUGAGGGGCCUCCGGUCCCUGAUCCUGCUGGACCUGAGUUACAACCAUCUCCGGAGGGUGCCUGACGGGCUGCCCACGGCCCUCGAGCAGCUGUACCUGGAGCACAACAAUGUCUACACUGUCCCGGACAGCUAUUUCCGGGGCUCGCCCAAGCUGCUGUAUGUGCGGCUGUCGCAUAACAGUCUCACCAACAGUGGCUUGGCCACCAACAGCUUCAACGCCAGCAGCCUCCUGGAGCUUGAUCUUUCUUACAACCAGCUGCAGAAGAUCCCCCCUGUGAACACCAACCUGGAGAACCUCUACCUCCAGGGCAACAGGAUCAACGAGUUCUCCAUCAGCAGCUUCUGCACCGUGGUGGACGUCAUGAACUUCUCCAAGCUGCAGGUGCUGCGCCUGGACGGGAACGAGAUCCAGCGCAGCGCGAUGCCGGUCGACGCCCCCCUCUGCCUGCGCCUCGCCAGCCUCAUUGAGAUCUGAGCGGCCCUCACGGUGUCCCCCGCCAUCCCCUGCAUUUGGCUUGCUGGUUUGGUUUGGCUUUUGUUGGAAGGUCUGGGACAACCAUGUGACGCAAGUCCAUGGGCUCCUCUGUAGUCUCUUCCCAUAGGCAGAGUUAGGUGGCAUCGGGGGCCGGGCAGGCUUCUACUGAGGACUUAGAAGCUCUCUGUUCCCGAGGGGACAAAACUAGUGGCGGGGGAAUCCUCCCUGGAAGUCCCAACCCCAGAAAUCUCCCUACUUUAAGUUCUCCCUGUGACCUGACAUCAGGGAGCUUUCAGCAUUGUCUGGGCAAUAGCACUUACGCGUACUUAUCAAGCAGUUUCUCUGCGCAUGUGCUGGACUGGCUGUGCAGCUACCUGAGCUCCUGUUCCCUGCUCCUCAAAAUAUACCUCUUGUCCAGCCGCCUCCUUCCCAGUCCGCCUUGUCCAUCCAGCCUUUCUUCACGGACACCCCUUCUGUGCCUUUGGCAGAGUCAGGAGACUCCAAGGCAUGACAGCGCCUGCCCAGCGACCUGUGGAAAUGACCCCCACACUUUUGUCUGAGACCAAGAGCAUACUGAGCAUCACCACUCCACGCUCCUUAAUUCAUGUUUUGAAAGCCACCAGACUAAAGGUUACCAGUUUGGAGGCCAUGAUAAUAUUUAUGACCUGAUGCCAAAAAGCCAACCUCAGGCUUAACUAAAUUUUGAGGGCUAGAUUUUAGCAGCUGGGCAACUCUUGAAAGGAAGGAAGAAAGGAAGAAAAGCCAGACUUGGUCAUCACCAGCACCCGUACUGCUGCCAAUACACUCCAAAUUGGCUAAACAGAGGGGCAGCCUUGGGUAUUUCUUUCUUGCCAGAUGUGCUCUGAUUCCCCUUCCCGGAUUUACCCUCCAUGGUGGAGGCCACAUGGUUUCCAAGCCUGAGAAAGCCGCUUUGCCCUCUUUUAACCCAAGCAGGAGGUUCAGGUAUCCAACGGUAGAGACAGACACUGCCAGCCCAGGACCCAGGUGAGCUCCAGGGAAGGUGUGGCUCAUCUGUAUUAAGGGAUUUGUCCCCCAGCAGGCUCCAGGGUGUCUGCUGGAGACACUCCCUGGGGUCUGAAAAGUCCAGGCCAGGCAGCCAGGUCUCACCACCCUGCUUUCAUAUCUCAGCUACACUACAUUUUGAAGAUGCCUUUGCUUUAUAGUUUGACUGGAGCGUUGUCCAUUCUUUCUGUUUCCGUAAGGCAGAGCGGUCUAACUUAGCCCACCCAUUCCUGUGACCCAUCCACCCGGGCAGCCAGGGCAACAGUUGGGGAGAGUCAACCCGGUCUGUGCCCAUGCCCAUUACAUCCGUGAUUCUCUGGAUGCUUGGGAGCAGCUUCCUGGAAAGGGAUGGGGACCCUCAGACUGUUCUUGGCUCCAGACCUUGCAUCUACAAAAGCCAAACCAGUUCAUUUCAACCAGGGAGCCCUGACAGCAGUGGUAAAGCUGGGGAGCCCACCCACCUUGCUGGGGACUCUUCAGACAGCAUCUGCAUGCGGACACCAAGGUGCCUCUCCACAGGAUGGCUGCAGAAGCAUGUGCGGUGUCUGACCUGACCAAUAAAGUUAUUGUACACUUGCA